UUUGUUAGAAACAUGCGAGACAGGUGAGUGUGAUGAAGGGAGGAGAGUCCAGGUCGGUCAUGUGAUGCACAUUUAAACAGAUGAUCCUUCAUAAGACGUACAUCACUAAAAAGGUUUUUCCUAAAGAAAGACUUGACUCCUUUCCUCAGCCAUGAAGAAUCUCUACAAGUGUCUGUGUAUCUUACUGGGGUUUUUAUUAAUUGAAAAAAUGGCACGUGGACAAGAAGAGAAUGCAGCACGAUGGGGCAUACCUACUCAGUCAUCAACUUAUGGAGGAUCUAUUCCUGAAUUGGCUCUUGAUGGAUUGUCAAGCUGGACCCACACUAAUACUGAAACCAACCCAUGGUGGAGAGUGGAUCUACUGAAAGUGUACAGAGUGAACAGAGUGACCAUCACUAAUAGACCGACUUAUAAUACGAGGAUUAAUGGAGCAGAGAUUCGAAUUGGGAACUUUCUUGACAUUUACAGCAACACCAUAUGUGGUGUGAUUUCUUCUCUUGGAGCUGGUGCCACGGCCACUUUUUCAUGCCAUGGGAUGGUGGGGCGUUAUGUGGUUGUUGAUAUUCCUGGAAAUCUGAAGAUUCUUAGUAUUGUUGAAGCUGGAGUCUACGGGUAUUUGGCAGGAAAUCGGGCAGUAGGAGGAGCCACUUUACAGUCAUCAACAAAUGCAAGCUUGAUUGCUGAGAAGGCCAUUGAUGGUAAUCGAGGUCUCCAGCAGUUGUAUACGGGAUGCUCCUCAACCCUUAAUGAGACAGACCCGUGGUGGAGGCUGGAUCUGCAUGAUGUCUACCGAGUCAGUAACGUGAUCGUCACUAACAGAAAAGACUGCUGUGCAGAACUAAUAAACGGAGCAGAGAUUCGCAUCGGAAACUCUUUGGACAACAACGGGAACAAUAAUCCCAUAUGUGCUGUUAUUCCUGCUAUUCCAGCAGGUGAGUCCUACAACUACUCAUGUGAUGGAUUAGAUGGACGUUACGUGAAUAUUCACAUUCCUGGAGACGGGAAAAUUCUUCUGCUUUGUGAGGUUGAAGUCUAUGGGUACUUGGCAGAAAAUCUGGCAGUACCUGGAGCUGCUUUUCAGUCAUCAACAUCUAUGAACGGGUUUGCUGAGAAGGCCAUUGAUCGAGGUCUCCAGCAGUUGUAUACGGGAUGCUCCUCAACCCUUAAUGAGACAGACCCGUGGUGGAAGCUGGAUCUGCGUUAUAUUUACCGAAUCAAUAAAGUGGUCAUCACUAACAGAAAAGACUGCUGUGCAGAACAAAUAAAUGGAGCGGAGAUUCACGUCGAAACUCUUUGGAGAACAACGAACAAGCGCCAAUAA